AUAGCAUUUCGUUUCUUCUUCCAGCUCUGUUUUGAGGGUUUUCCCCUUUCUCGUUUACAAACCCGAAUUCAUUGACUCUUGUCAAUCUCUGCUACCUUCUUUUUUAAGCGUUUACAGUAGAUGUUGUUGGACCACAGAGAAAACAAUUUCUGAAGGUCUUCACAGAACAGGAAUAGACACUUGAAAAACCUCUGAAUUGUGAAACUGGGGACUGGGAGGAGACAAGGGAAGACCUGCCAGAAGAUGUAAUAUUAUUGAUGAAAUCAAAAACUCUUCUAGUGUAAGUGAUGUCAGUCUCAUCAUCAGCCACAGAUGUUGCCAACAACGAAGAUCUUCUAUCGCAAAUUCUUGUUCGAUUACCCCCAAAAUCCCUCCUGUGCUUCAAAUCUGUGUCCAAGCAGUGGCUUUCUCUCAUUUCCAGCCCCCAAUUCAUUGUCACCCACAUCCUCUGCCGAGGCAGCGCAUCCCCUUCUGGCCUACUCCUAAACAAUGACUACUUGCAUACUCCGGAGUUCCACUAUGUUCCUCUGACACACUCUAAUCCCUCUCAAACUUCCCCUCCAUAUCUGAGCUAUCUUGGCGCCCCACGCAUCAAGAUCCUACAGUCUUGUAAUGGUUUGCUCUUGUGUUCUUCUGCCUACCAAAAAAAUGAUCCAAAUUAUGAACUCAAAUACUUUGAUGACUUCACGCAGACAGAGGAUGAUGUUCUCUUGCCAGACAUAUGGCAUGUUAUCCCAACAAUCUCAAACUCCUGCAUUCAAACAAGAAUCCAUUAUUCUGGUUUUAGAUUCUAUGUUUGCAAUCCCACCACCAAGCAGUUCAAUACCCUUUCUUUUCCUUUCUUUCAGUACCACAUACUUGCUCUUAAUCUGGCUUUUGAUCCUUUGCAUUCACCCUACUACAAAAUAUUGUGUAUACUCAAGAAGAAUCUGGAUACUUUUAUAAUUCACCUGUAUAAUUCCGAGACAAAAACUUGGAACCCAUCUUCGGUAUCUUUUAAUGCACCCUGGGAAAUAUCCUUCCGUGAACCUGUGUUUUGUAGGCGUGCAAUUCACUGGUAUAGUGACCGGCAGACUUCUCUUUACUAUGAUGUGGAUAAGGAGUGCUUGAACCCAAUGCCUAUGCCCCCGUCUUCGACUUAUGGAACUGUCAAUUAUUUUGGGGAGUCUGGAGGCCAUCUGCAUCUGAUAAUGUCCUAUGUGCUAGAACUCGAUGUGUUUGAGUUACAGAAAGAUUAUUCUGCAUGGUCAGUGAGGUAUCAUAUCAAUCUUGAAGCCAUAAGAGUUUCACUCUAUGGUAUGUGUGGCUUUUCCAGCAACGAAUUCAUUGCUUCAGUACUGAGAAUUACUCGUGGUGAAAAGGAAGAGGAAUCAGAGGCGGUGGUAUUUAUGUUUGGUGUGGAAGGUAUUAUGGUUGUCUCUUACAAUUUGAGUGAUGGGACACAUAGAAGACAUACAGGUUUGGUUCCUUCUCGGGGAGAUGUUCAUGAUUUCAAGCUGCUCCAUUCCUAUAGAGACACCUUUCCAUUCAUAGAGACUCUGUCUCCUAUAUAAAGCACAUAUAUUCUUUGGAGCUCUUUUUCUUCAGUAUGUAAUCGUGUUCAGCUUGAUCAAUUUGAGAGUUGGCUUUUGCCAGAGUAUUGAACCAAAGAUUGUUCAGCAUGAUUCAUUCGUACAACUUCAAUGGUUUGAGGUACACUGAAGAGUGUUUUGGGAUGAUAAAUGAAAUUAAUCCUUUGUGAUAAGUUGAU